CCUUCCAGCACCCAGACCUUUUCAUGUAUCAUUCUGGUGAGCAAUUGGCCGGGAUUGAAAUAUUAUGGAUUAUUAAAAACGACUGAAAUUGAUUAAAUCAUCUUCUACAUUUCUAUAUAAACUGCUGGAUCAUACUAAGGUGAGCCCUCCCCCUCUGCACUUGUUGCGCAGAAGAUAGAUGCUGCUUCUCCGGAGUCCUAGGAGAAUAGAGCACAGGGACCGACCGAUCACCGACCACUGCAACAGGUGUACACUGUUCCCGAGCAUUAUCGCUGACCUGUUUUUGAGGACAUCUCAUUGAACAGUCCUUCAAAAUUUCCACAUCUUCGCGAUUGAACGUCCCGUGCGUCACGCUUAGAAUGCCUGUCCUGAUGAGUCCGGAGAUCGCCUCCAAGUUUAAGGAGAAAUGGCUGAACCUCCAGCCGGAGCUUCAGGACAGCGCAGCCGGCUCAGUGCACCUGGACGACAGCCUGACCAGCCUCCACUGGUUGCAGAACUUCUCCAUCCUCAGCGCUAACCAGGAAAGACCCACCGGCACUGGCUCCGGUUGCCCAUCACAUCACCUGCUUUCCUACCACCAGCGCCUGUACCCCCGUGGAACCGACUCCCCGUCCAGCCCUCCAGCGGGGGACACCGCCGCCUGCGGGAUGCCUCGCUGCCUCGGGAGCCCGGUUACCUCUGGCAGUAACUCCACCGAUGUGCGUUUGGUGAAUUAUCCUCACCACGAACACCACAUCAAGGCGCAGAUCAUCCCACCGGAGGAGAUUGACUAUAAAACGAACCCCAAAGUCAAACCGCCGUAUUCCUACGCCUCUCUCAUCUGUAUGGCCAUGCAGGCCAGCAAGAAGCCCAAGGUGACUCUGUCCACCAUCUAUAACUGGAUCACAGACAACUUCUGCUACUACAGACACGCAGAUCCUAGCUGGCAGAACUCUAUCCGCCAUAACCUCUCGCUCAACAAGUGUUUCAUGAAGGUGCCGCGGCAGAAGGAUGAACCAGGGAAAGGAGGCUUCUGGCAGAUCGACCCUCAGUACGCUGACAUGUUCGUUAACGGAGUCUUCAAGAGAAGGAGAAUGUCCUCCAACCUUUACAACACCAACAGGCAGAGCAAGCUCCUGCACAACCAGGAAACUGACUACCAUAGAGGCACUCAGGGGAGCCAAGAUGGCUACCACUACCUAGGAGCUGGAGCCAGCGGUAAGCGAAAACAACCUUCUCCAAGGCAACACGGCAAGAUGGCGCGGACCCACAAAUCCCCGCUGUUAGCCAUGGAGGCCCACAACGCAGAUAUAGUUCUGAGGGGAGAUUUUGACCUGGUGUCUGUGUUUGAUGACGUCCUCAGUGGUAACUGCAGUAUGUUCGAAGAACUGGACAUCGACACUGCUCUGAGUUCCCUGGGCUGCUCUCUGGACCUGACCCUGCAGGGGAGGCACUCCGCUGGGCUGGGAAGGUGGUGUGGAGAGGGGGACAACCAGACCCAGCAGACCCACUACUCUUACGACUACAUGGAGCUGAGUGGCUCAGUGGGAUAUGACAGCAGUAACAUGGAGGACCAUCAUGUUCAACAGCAACAGCUGAGCCAGGAUCAGUUGUUACAGAGCCACCUGCACCAGUUCGAGGAGGUGACUCUGUUUCCAGAGCAGCAGGAGGUGCAUCCCUGGGAGGAGAUGAAGGAGGAGGCUCAGGCUAUCCCUCUGGAUCAGGGCUUUGGGCUGUGUGAAGGAUUCUUCUCAGAGAUACAACCCUGGGAGAGGGCUGAGGCCUACCUGUGACAGACCAACUACUGUUGCGCCAGCCAUUAACCAAGGGAUUCAGGCCCUAGCCACGGCUUUCUUACAGUGAAUGCUGGGACAGGAAAGUCAGGCAUCACCAGUGGGCCAGGAGACCUACAUACAGACUGUUAUUUUGCUACAUUAGCAUCAUAAAGUCAUCAUGUUUUGAGAGAUCUAUACUGUAUGUUUAGGACUUUAAGAUGAUCUAUGUUUCUGGUUUGAUCACAGACUGGAGGACUAGAGGAGUCAAUGAAGUUGAGAUGCACUUAUGGUGUUGGGUCGUAGUCGGACCUAGAGAUCAGAUUUCAAUAUGCUUUUCAAGUAGUCAAUUUAAUAUAUAUCCAUUAGAGUCUAUGAUAAGAGUCUGGCUGGGCACUAGUCUUUUGAGUCCUAGGCCAUGGCAAAGUGGAGAGAGGGACAUAAAUGAACUGAAAUGCCUCAAUCAGAAUAUCCAAGCAUGAGAGACAAUGGGUAUGUUUGAGGAUAGAAAACAUUUCAAUUUCUAAUGCUCUACUGUCCGUCAGAAUGCUAUUUGCCCUUGUUCCAUAAAACAUGCAAUGACACAGAUUGAACACUCCAUUGUUUGACAACAAUACCACAGCCUUGGCAGGCACAGAUGCUUUUGUUCAAGUUUUCCAUGAUUUAUUCUGCCAAUCUUGCAUUUGAUUGAACUCUGUCGAUGAGUAUGUUCAGGUUUAGGCUACCCAUUGAUAUACUGAGGAAAUCUAAAUUCUCUCUCUGGGGUGAUCGGCUUCCUUUUAGUGAUAUUGAUUUCUGAUUGAUUACUUCAAGUUACUAUCAUUUUGUAUGUUUUUAAAAGGAUGAUUUAUUUUAAAAUGUAUCUUGUUUGGGAAAACUGAUGAACCAAUGAAAUGCUUGUACUUCUUGAGUCAAUCGUGAAGUUCAGCUCAAACUUGAUACAAUGUCUUCAAUGUAAUUCUGGUGUAAUUCAUAAAUUGUUCAAAAUGCAAUCAUGCCUCAAUGCAAUAAAUGGCAAUUUAGAUGUUUUAUCUCAUUCGUUUGCCAUACUGCAUAUGAAAGUCAAAGAUGCAAUCCAUUGGUCAAUAAGGGUCAAGAACAGCUUGUUCAUAGUUGGGAAGACAAUAUAUCUCACUCAUAGUCAGGCCCAGACUAGCCUGGUCUCCCAGACUAACCUGGUCUCCCAGACUAACCUGGUCUUUCAGACUAACCUGGUCUCUCAGACUAACCUGGUCUUUCAGAUUAGCCUGGUCUCUCAGACUAACCUGGUCUCCCAGACUAACCUGCUCU